GUGGAGCUCCUCGUUCCCAUCCGCAGUUUAGCGUUGACCAGGAAGCAGAAUCCGCAAGGGAAGCUUUGUAAGUAAUUUCAGGAGACAGGUUUGCAUAUCUGAUUGAGAGCACUUGAGCAACUUCUCGGCGAAAGAGGUUGAAGGGCAGAGGAGCAAGUAGGAGCUAAAUUCCUCCCGUGUUGCCGGUUUGCAAAGCAAGACUUGGGAGAAGGAGGACCCUGCGGCUGAACUACAGCUCCCAUCAUCCUUUGCCACCGGCCGUGCUCCUAGGAACAGUGGGAGUUGGAGUCCGGCAAGAGCUGCCAGAAACGGGAUCCAAGUAGCUCCUUAAAGACUUCCGAGUCUCUCUUGAAGAACAGAGAUGGACAGCUGGCAAGGAACCACCAGCCCUGUCAGCAGCAACGUGACAGAUCUAACAAUUGGUUUCACCUCCUCAGCAAUAGCUGUCAUCUUGUUUGGAACAAACUUUGUACCAGUUAAGAAAUUUGACACUGGUGAUGGAAUGUUCUUCCAGUGGAUUCUCUGUGCUGCUAUCUGGAUAGUUUCUUUGAUUGUUAACCUUAUUCAGGACAGCCCUCGAUUUUGGCCUCUUGCCAUGGUUGGCGGCUCUUUAUGGGCUACAGGUAAUAUAACAGUUGUCCCCAUUGUUAAAACCAUUGGGUUGGGCCUUGGUCUCUUAAUCUGGGCAUCUUUUAACUUGCUAACUGGCUGGGCAAGCUCAAGGUUUGGCUGGUUUGGGAUUGACCCAGAAGAAGUAGCAAAACCAGCUUUAAACUACAUUGGAGCUGGACUUUCAGUAUUAAGUGCCAUCCUAUUUCUUUUCAUAAAAAGUGAUGUUGAGAGCUCUUCACCGUCAUCAGAGAGCACCCCACUAUUAAGACAUUCAGUCAACAGCUCUGAACAUAGCGCUGAAAACAGGACUGAUGCUUCAUGGGUAGACCAUCUUUCUCCGCUAGGAAAGAGAAUGAUAGGCUGCUCCCUGGCUGUGAUAGCUGGAAUGUUUUAUGGUUCAAGUUUUGUGCCAGUGCUUUACAUCAAGGACCACGGCAGAAGGAAUGGAACUAAAUAUACCGGAGCAAGUCAGUUUGAUUUAGAUUACGCCUUUGCCCAUUUUAGUGGCAUCUUCCUUACAAGUACCAUCUACUUCCUGAUCUAUUGUGCCUUAAUGAAAAAUAGACCUAAGGUUUAUCCUGAAGCCAUCAUCCCAGGAUUUGUUUCUGGUGUAUUGUGGGCGAUCGCCACUUCCUGCUGGUUCCUAGCAAAUCAUUACCUCAGUGCUGUGGUCAGCUUUCCAAUAAUCACAGCGGGUCCUGGCUUUAUAGCUGCAAUGUGGGGAGUCCUGGUAUUUAAAGAAAUAAAGGGGCUGAAAAACUAUCUGUUGCUUCUAAUAGCAUUUUGUGUUAUUUUGGCUGGGUCGCUCUCGACAGCUUUUUCUAAAGUCUGAAGAACCACUGCCUGAACCAGCAGGUGGAGCUGUGGCUUAAGGCACGAAAGAGAAGAUAAUAUCUGGCAUUUUCUUGGGUCGCUAAUAUCAUCACUCUCGCCAGAGAGGCAAGGGGCAAAAGUCCAUAGAGCAAGAACUUUUUGUGGAAAAUGCAAGGCAUUCAUCAUGUUUUCCACAUUUGGGAAGAUAAGGGAAAACCUUUGUAUGUUCUCUCAGCUGGAUGAUUAUGGGCUGAAAUCCAGGUCAGAGGUUUUAAUGAUCCCAUAAUGUUUUGUGUUACAGUUUGUUGUUUAUUGGGGUGAGGGUAACGUAUAAAAGGAAGAGCUCAGUGAAGUGUAAGUACUGAUUACUGUGCAGAGGAAGUAAUGCUUGUGCUGGGGCAUUGCAUCUUUCUUUUAUUUCUAAUACAGGAAAUUUAGACCUAUCUCUAAUACAGGACCACCCAGAUACAGAUACUCCACCUUUAGGCAAAGACACACAGAGUUUGCUCAGCAAACAGACUGAUGAAGAGUUCUGGAGAACUCAAAGAGCUUCCUCACCACUUUAUGACAUUUUGGUUUACCCUUGUAGAUUUUGUGUUGCUUUCUUUUUAAUGAACCCAACGUAGCUACCAAAAAUUUUCUGGACCAUCCUGUUGAGAGGGAGCACAAUGCACCAACCCUGUUGAAGCCAAGCAGGUCUGGUCAUUGCCUGGAUGAGAGACCAUCUGGGAAUCUUGUGUAAGCCAUCUUGAGCUCCAAAAUGGGGAAAAAGAUGGGAGAUAAAUGUACUGAACAAAUAAAAUAAUUUUAAGCGUGCCCAAGGACCUGCACUGGAGGCAAUUCCCAAAGUUUGGGCAAUUUCGGGGGAACUGACCAGCUCAAACAUUGGGAUGAGCAUCCUAAUGGUUUGAGAUAUUCAGCAGUGGAAGAAUCUGCCUCGGGAGAUUUUGGGCUGUCCUUCACUGGAGUUAUUUAAGCUAAGCUAGACAGUCAUCUCCAGUGGUGCUGUAAUGAACCCUGCUUUCCCCUCCAAAAUGGGAUUGCCUCUAUACAUUCCUCCUAUCAGCAAAGCUGUUAUGAUAUAUAUGCACUGUAUUUUUCCAUGUAUAAGACUAGGGUUUUUUCCUAAAAAAUAAUGUUAAAAAUUAGGGGGCGUCUUACAUAAGGAUACAUCUCUCCCCCCAUUUUCUUAAAUUGGAGUCCCCAAAAAUAGGGGGUGUCUUAUACAUGGGGGUGUCUUAUAGACAGAAAAAUAUGGUAUAUUGUCAAGAUAUGGAAUGUUGUAAAUAAAUAGGUGCAAAUGGGUGAAAAUAUAUUUCUAAUUUGAUGAGGCUGAGUAAAAGGAUUAAGAAUGCUUAUCAAAGUACUGAUGUCAUGAGAAAGAUGAACAGAUAUACUCUUGACUUGGAAGAGUAACAGAACAUGGCGGAACAAGGGCAAUUGACCACACCCUUGGACCGGACUGAGAAUUACAUUUUGCUAACCAGAAGGAAAAAAAAGGAUUAAAAACUCAUAGCAGGGCCUUGGAUCCAGUCGAGCAGUUGUUAUCUGAUUUUUACCUUAUCGUUGAUUUUAAUUAAUUUUUGGAUAUUUUAUAUGUCUAUUUAAAAACCUUUUUUUUACUGACAAUUUGAUUUUCUCAAUGACUUUGAGGUUUUAUUACAACCAAACAGUAUAGAAACCUUGUGAAAAUAAAACCGUAGCACAAUUUCCAGUGAAAUUACUGAGUUUCCCAGUUUGAACCAUGAAACCGCCCAGCCUUGUUUGACAGGCCUGGAGAAGGAAGAAGAUGAAAGGUAUAAUAAAGAUGCUUUCGUUCCUUGUGCAUUACCUGUUCUGUUUCCAAUUCUAGUCCAUCUGCUGCCCUUAAUUAUCAUGUUCCAGGCAAUUUCUAGGUAGCAAACAUACCAUCUGUUGUGUCUGUCACCCCGCUGACUUUCUGUAUCUGUGGUUUAACUAACAAAGGUCUAGCUGUAAUUAAUUUUGGCUCCAUGAGACAGAAAAGCAUUUCCUUAUGGAAUCCCAUUCCCUCUAUAAACAGCUUGAUAUUGGCCUGUAUCCAGGCCUCCCUUUGGGUAGCAUGUGUUGACAGAAGAAUCCCUGAUAAUCCUGGAUAAAAAAAGCAAGCAUCCUUCCUCAACCCUUUGAAUCCUGGGUUUUGACAUGGUUAUGGGAUGAAUAUGCUUUUGUAAUUAGGGUGAAUUAUCUGGGCUCAGAGAUUGACAGAGGGAAAUACAUCAUCCAAGUUGUUUCUGUUAUAUCUGUCUGUAGCUUCUUUUGGAUCAUCUGGUGGAAGCAUCUUCAUUUUAAAUGAAGCUCAUGCACUUGAGAAAGGUGCAGAGUGAAGUGGACUGGGGGGGAUCCACAUUUGCUUGUACAGGUGUGUUUUUUUGUUCUUUUGAAAAUCAUUUUUAUUUGACUUUACAAGUGCAAAGUAGUUACAAUACCAAAUGCAUAUCCAUAAAAUGAGAUUUCUCUGAAUCUCACAACUCCCCCCGCCCCCGCCCCAAUUCCCUCCAUGGGUCCUAUUGUCAACAUUUCCAUCUGCAUAUUAUUUCAUAGUCUAUAUUUUGUCUAUAUUUUGUAUCUAUCCAUUGUCUAAAUUUUGUAUCUAUCCAUUGUCUAAAUUUUGUAUCUAUCCUUAUUAUCCGUAAUAUUUGUUACUUUACAAGUGGUAUUAAAAUCCUGCUAAUGUUUUCAUCUGCUUACAGUGGUCUCCUAAAUAAAUUAUAAACUUUUCCCAUUCUUUCUUGAAUUUCUUGUCUUCUUGGUCUCUGGGUUUCCUGGUCAGUUUUUGCAUUUCAGCAUAGUC